UCUGCACCACACCGUGAAAGAAAUUGGGUUAAGUCCUGUUUUGCGGUAGAUAUGGCCGGUAUUGACGUCUUGACCACCAGGUUUUCCUCCUAUGACAAAAUGUACAGUCAAGAUUUACGUGAGCAAAGCUUUGCAGACUGGCCGUUCAGAGAGGAGUGUAACUGCACACCUGAAAAGAUGGCCAAGGCUGGGUUUGUCCACUGCCCCAGUGAGAAUGAGCCUGAUGUUGCUUGCUGUUUCUUCUGUCUGAUCGAGCUUGAGGGCUGGGAGCCCGAUGACGAUCCCUGGUCUGAACACGUGAAACGCUCCCCGAACUGCGGAUUCUUAACCACGAAGAAAGACUUCACGGAGCUGACUGUGGCUGAAUUCUAUCACAUGGAAAAGGAGAGGCUGAAGGUCUAUCUUAGAAAGGUUUGUCAUAAGAAGAUGGCAUAUUUGCGGGAUGACAUAGACCAUACGCUCGAGAGCCUUAAGUCUCGGUUGGACUCUAUAUGAUUUAAAUCAAACUUCCUGUCUAUCUGUUGUGAUUUUAUUGCCACAUUAAUAUAAGUGUGUGGCACAAGCAAGUAGUCUUGACUCAAUAUUGCAGUUAAAAAUAUCAA